CUUAGGUACCUGAAUACAUUAUAUAACGUAGUCUCGGUACGGGAGGUACAUCAGGUACAAACAGACCCUACCUUACCUAACCCCCAUUACCUUAGAUACCUCCUGGUAGGCUACACCUGCCUGACGUUGCUUGACUGCUGGACGAGCUCCCUCUCUACUACUUCAUCCUCCGAGUCCGACACAACGCAACGCCAUACAUCAUACCGAUCCUGCUACCUCUACCAGCUAAAUCGUUGGUGGCCGACCAUACUCAACUUCUUUACAACUCAUUCCCGUAGUCUCCAUCUGCCAACCUGCUCUCUACUACCCGCGGAACCCGUCGCAAUCCUUUCGCCUUCUCUUGUGUUGCAACGCUGCCAAGAUGCCGCUGCAGGCAGUGAUGAUAGUUGUGGAUAACAGCGAGAGCAGCCGGAAUGGAGACUACACCCCCUCGAGAUUCGACGCCCAGGCCGAUGCGAUUAACAUCGUGUUCGACAAUAUCACCCAAUCCAACCCCGAGUCCUCUGUGGGCUUGAUGAGCAUGGGCGGCAAGGGCCCCGAGGUUCUGUCCACGCUGACGACGGAGAGAGGCAACCUCCUCGAGGGGUUGCACCGCACAAAGAAGAAGAUCUCGGGCUCGUCCCACCUCGCUACCGGUAUCCAGAUCGCCAGCCUUGCCCUGAAGCACCGCCAGAACAAGUCGCAGCGCCAGCGCAUCAUCGUCUUCGUAUGCUCUCCCGUGGCCGACGAGGAAAAGAAGCUAGUAUCGCUGGCAAUGAAGAUGAAGAAGGGCAACAUCGACAUCGACUUCGUCUUAUUCGGCGACCUGGACGACGACGACGUGCAGAAGAAGCUCGAGGCUUUUAACAACGCCGUCAAGACGAACGAGAACUCGCACCUCGUCGUCAUCCCCCCCAGCGGAAAGCUCCUCAGCGACCAACUGAUAACCACGCCCAUCCUGCUCGGAGAAGGGGCCGCGGGCGGUUCCGGCGGCGUGGCCGAAGGUGGCGGCGGCGACUUUGGCGGGUUCGACUUCGACCCUAGCGCGGACCCGGAGCUAGCCCUUGCGCUGCGCAUGAGCAUGGAGGAGGAGAACGCGAGGCAGGCCAAGCAGGCGAAAGCAGAAGAGGAUGCCGCGAAGAAGACGGGCCUGGAGGGCAUCGAGGAGGAGGGCGAGAACCAGCCGCUGCUUAACGAGCGGGGCGAGCCCAGCGGGAGCGGAUCUUCCGAGAAGAAGGAUGGCAAGAAAGACGACGGAGAUAAGAUGGACACGUCGUAGGUGCUUUCCUCGCCUCGAGAGCCGCCCAUCGACGAAAUGGCGCCGCGACGGGGUUACCUGUACAAUAAUGAUAGACUACCUAGGGCUUCCGGCGCUGAAUACGGCGGGGGAAGGGAAAAUACUAUCCCCGCAGGAAGACGGGAUAUCUUCUAUUGAUAACUG